CUGGGAAAUGUAGUUCACAAACUGGCAAACGCCAAGUCCGAGGGCAAAGCGAGACGGCCUGAAAUUGGUGUAUAGUUAGAGCCAGUAACUAAAGCAGCAUUAUUAUUAUUAUCCCUUGCGUAGAGAAUAUUUGAAUAUCGGCUCUUUCCCCAAUUGUCACAUCUUGGGUAGGUAAUUCUUUUUUUUAAAUUCCCUGUGUAGGAAAUCGCCUCUUGCUUUUUUUGGUCCAAAGCAUUUUUAAGGACGGCUCCUUCUCUUCGGAAUGGCGUAACUCAUCAUUUUUUAAUGGACGUAACUCAGCUUUUUUAAAGACUGCAACUGUAAACGCGGGUACAGCCGCGGCUAUUGAUUUGCCCGGCCUUCACUCACCGGAAGAGGUUGAAAGAAGCGGCAAAAGAGAGUCCUCCUGCGGCAUAAAAGAAAGCUAACCUUGGACGUGCCCUGCAUCUUUUCCGACAAUGAGCAGCUGCGGAGAGGAAGAGUUUGAGCCUUCCGCGCUGGGCACCAAAGAACACUGGGAUGCAACAUAUGAACAAGAACUGCAUAAUUUUAAAGAAAGUGGUGAUACUGGGGACAUUUGGUUUGGUGAAGAAAGCAUGACUCGUAUAAUUAGAUGGCUAGAAAAACGAAAGAUACCUCUGGACACUUCUGUCCUUGACAUUGGAACAGGAAAUGGCAUUUUGCUGGUUGAAUUGAGUAAAUCUGGUUACACCAAUCUUACAGGAGUUGAUUACUCUCCUUCUGCAAUACAACUUUCAAAAAAUAUAAUGCAAAAAGAAGGGCUGCCUUAUAUUAAACUGCUGAUUGAAGACAUUUUAAAUCCCUCAGAUGAACUAUCAAGUUUUCAGAUCUGCAUUGAUAAAGGGACUUUUGAUGCUAUUUGUCUGAGCCCAGAUGGUACAGCAGAGAAAAGGAAACAGUAUGUUAAAUCCCUGCAGAGGCUAUUGAGAUUAGAUGGCUUUUUCCUCAUUACAUCUUGUAACUGGACUAAAGAAGAACUGUGCAAACAAUUUGAAGAAGGGUUUCUGCUUUUGGAAGAACUGCCAACACCAACCUUCUGUUUUGGAGGAAGAACUGGAAAUAGUGUGACUGCCUUGGUUUUACAAAAAACAUAAAAGUUUUUGAUAAAUUUUGGGAUGAAGGUCUCCUUUUAUGAAUUUUGGAUUAUAACACAAAACUGGAUUAAAAAGUGAAAUACAAGUUUUAGAAAUUUGACAGAUAUGUUUGAUAUUUUUGAGGUAAAUUUUAUUACAUAUGUUUUCCAUAAAAAAUUUCAAUGUUAAUUAAAUAGUCCUUUUCUAUCUAAAAUACAAGGUAUUUAAUUAUGGAAAAUGAAUGUAUAUAAAUCCUAUGAAAAAAAAUCAUUUAUCAUUGUGGUUGAUGAUGUAAUUCCUUAAGACAGUUUAUUUAGAAAUAUGUGCUUGAGAUAACUUAUUUGAUAAUUAUUUUUUUUAAAAAAAAUUGAAACUGUGGGUUUACCUUGUUACCUAAAGAACACAAAAAUGUUCUAUUCCCCGAGGGAUAAAAUAAGUGUCUACAAAACAUUAAAACAUUAAAAUAUUCCUACCAUAGUAAUGUAGAAGAAAUAAAGGAAGAAUAAGAAGACCAAACUAAGAAAAACUCUAUACAAAUUAUUGUAUAUUAAGCAUAUCUAAAUACCAUUUCUGCACCUGAGGCAAAUUCCUUGUGUGUCUAAUCACACUUGGCCAAGUAAAGUAUUCAAUUCAAUCCAAAAGAUAAGCCAAACAUUAAUUGAUCCUAGUUAGGAAAACACUGGUUUUUGUUUCUGGGGUAGCCAGCUGGAAGGGUUGCAUGACACAGGUCACUAAGUGAUUCACAGUUUCACUGGCUAGAAUAGAUAGAUGACUGAUGAU